CAUCAUCCACAGCAGGACUUCAUUAAAGCACAUGAAACUGGAUUCGUUUACUCUUCAUCUGCAAAGCGUCAUGUCCUCUUCCACAGAGAUGACGGCCACCACGCAGAUCACUCCUGAGGUUCUCCAGAAACUCCUGCAGUAUUAUAACCUCUCCCGACAGGAAUUCAUCCACACCUACAACAUUCAGCCUCUGGUUUACAUUCCCGAACUCCCAGCUGGAGCGAAAACCACCUUUGUGGUCAUGUAUGUGAUUAUUUUCGUGCUGGCGCUGGUUGGAAACAGUUUGGUGGUUUAUAUUGUGGUGCGUAAAGGCGCGGCGCAAACGGCGACGAACGUCUUCAUCUGCUCUCUGGCUGUCAGCGAUCUGCUCAUCACCUUCUUCUGCAUCCCCUUCACACUCCUGCAGAACAUCUCUUCAGAGUGGCUAGGAGGUGUUCUGGUGUGUAAGACAGUUCCUUUCGUACAGACAACAGCCAUCGUGACGGGCAUCCUCACCAUGACGUGUAUCGCCAUCGAGAGAUACCAGGGCAUCGUUUAUCCGCUCAAGAUGAAACGAGAGUACACGCCCAGGAGAGCCUACAAAAUGUUAGGUGUGGUGUGGAUGGCGGCUGUCAUGGUGGGAUCUCCGAUGUUGUUUGUUCAACAGUUAGAGGUGAAGUAUGAUUUUCUGUACGACCUCCAUCACGUGUGCUGUCAGGAGCGCUGGCGUUCUCUUCAGCAUCGACAGAUCUACACGACCUUCAUGAUGGUGGCUCUGUUUCUGCUGCCGCUCGCCGCCAUGCUCUUCCUCUACAGCCGCAUCGCAGUCGAGCUCUGGAUCCGCAAACGUGUGGGAGACUCGUCCAUCCUCAGCGCCAUGAACCACAGAGAGAUCAACAAAAUCUCAAAAAAGAAGAAACGUGCCGUGAAAAUUAUGGUCACUAUUGUCCUUCUGUUCACCAUCUGCUGGGCUCCGUUUCAUAUCGUCCACAUGCUCUUCGAGUACAAUGAUCUGGAGAAGAGCUACGACGAGGUGACCAUCAACAUGAUCAUCGCUGUGGUUCAGGCCAUCGGCUUCUCCAACUCCUUCAACAAUCCCAUUGUCUACGCCUUCAUGAACGAGAACUUUAAAAAGAGCUGCGUGGCCAAGCUUUCGCUGUACCUGCGGCGACUCGGAUGCCAGGGCGGCGCCAGAGAGCGAGUCAACGUCAGCGUGCACUUCUCCAAACAUCUCAAACCAGAAGUGUUCAGCACCAACACGGGCAGCAGAAACACCGCCGGUCAUCACACGCCUCGCAACAGACAUCUGGAAAUGCCCACACGCUCCUCACAGCUCCCGGCCGUCAAGUAAACACAAGACGACAACAUUACUGUUGACAUCAGCUGAGAAGCGCAGACGUUGAGAUGUUCAGCACGACAGAACGAAGCGUCAAAGCGAAGAGCGGCUCUGUGACAUGAGAUUCAGGAGGAGGACUGCUUUUCAAACAUACAACAGACAAACCUCACAUGAAACACACGAAGGGGCGAAGCAUGUAACUGUGAGAACACUGGUCAUGGGUUAAAGAACAAACCGUUAUUACACAUCUUAAACAAUAUAUUCCACAUCAGAACAACGAUAGCUAGAAUUCAUCCAUCGCCCCAAAGUCUAGGAGCUUUUUUAAUGGGUUUUUGGUUAAAGGUGCAGUUCGUAACAAUUUUGCAGUAAAAUAUCCAAAAACCACUAGGCCAGUGUUAUAUAUUUUGUUCAGCUGAGUACUUACAAUAUCUCAAAUGUUUCCAACUACUUGUAAAUCGUGAGAAAAUGGCCAUUCUAAACAGUGACACGGGGCUGUGCGGUCACCUGUCAAUGGCGUCAUAUCCGUGUUCCUCUUUGUUACCGCCUUUACUGACGUAGAAACCGCAUGACAACAGUGUCGUGGACAAAUGCAGAAGUAGUGUCUAGCGUCUAGCAAGCCACUAGCUUGUUUCCAGCUGUCACUUAUUUACGGACCACAAUUAUUCACAACAAUUAUAAAACUUUACCUCAUCCGCUAACAUGAUUUCUGAUGGCCAUCAGCGGUGGAGUUGAAGACCACAGAUCCCAUCAUUCCACGCUCCUUCACAGCGUCAUCAAGCUACGGCAUUGUUGUUGUUGUUUUAGUGGCGUUUUUUACAAACUGCACCUUUAAAUGCCUAAAAUAAGUUUUGUGGUUAACCUCUAAAUAUCGUCACAUUUUAUUCUGUGAUAUAAAUAAAACUAUAACCUGCUCAUGAUUUUUUUAAACGUUUAGGCCCGAUUCACAUUUUGCGUCUAAAACCGCGCGGAAAACGCCAGCUGCGCCUCUUUCUCUUUUCAAAUGACCCGCGGUGCGCGCGUGGAACUCCGAAAAGUUGAACAUCUCGGGACUAUCUCGAUGCAGCACCGACGCGCCUAGAAAAAUGUGCGGUGCAUCGCCCCCUAUUUGCGCGCGUCUACAUUUAAAAUAACGAAUAUGCGCGCUGAAAAUUCACUAAAUGUGAAUCGGGCCUUAUCGGGCCUUCAUCCUUUAUUGUGCAAGUUGCUGAAAGCGACUACAUCCUUUGGUGGGGAGCUUAUUUUUUCCGCGACCUUCUGGGGUCACGUCUAUGGGCAAAAUGCAUACACUGUAAAAAAAUCCAACUUGCAAAAUGUUCUCCCUACAAAGAUAAAUAAGUUACUUGAACAUAGAAUUUUUAGUUAAAGGAGUCAAAUGAUUGUUUUGCACAUACUAAACAAAAUUAGCCUAAACACGUUUCUAACAAAGAUUAUUUUGUUGACUGGACUUAGAUUCUCAAGGUUUUGGCCAAAAUGCGUCCGAAAG